CGCUCACGAUCCGAUCUUCAAUCUCCAUCGACCGCGUCACGCUGUCAUCAUCCGUGGUUCUGUCGAGCAUUCGACCUCCGAAAAUCGGUCGCGAUUUCGCCGGCCCCUAGCCCUCACCGACUUCUUCGUCUCCACCCAUUGACCAUGGGCGCCUCAUUGUCGACUUUGGUCGGUUGGACCGUGGUCAUCGGAUGCGUGUACAUUGUCGCCUUUGGGAUCCCCGGGCAAAAGAAGGCUCGCGAUGCUGUUCGUGGUGCCUCACAGCAGCGCCAGCGCCUAGAAGAGAAGCCAAACAACCACAACCGCAAAGAGCCAAAAGAGAAGGCCAAGCGCCAGAGAGGAGAGGCCUACACCAAGGAUGCUGAAGACACAAACAAGACAUCACAAGUAAAGGCACGGGCACCCAAGCCAUCGGCGCCCGUCCAGCCAGUCGAUGACAGCUCCGACGAUGGUGUCGACAACCGCGAGUUCGCCCGCCAGUUGGCCAACGUUAAGCAGGGCACCAGCCUCAACGCGCCCAGGAAGAGCGACGAGAAGCGGCACAAGUCGGUGAAGCAGUCUCGUGCCCAGAUCAUCGAUGACAAGGCCCACCAGACCAAAGUCUCGGCCCCGUCCUCCACCGCCGGCGUGGAUGCCGACGACGACGAGUCUCUGACUCCCUCGCCCGAGAUCAAGGCCGCCGAUGCCAGUGGCGUCAGCGAUAUGCUGGAGCCCAAGGCUGCCGGCCCCUCGGUUCUCCGUCUCACCGACACCGAGAAGGCAAAGCCUAAGAAGGAGAAGAAGGCCAAGGAGCCCGAGAAGACCGAAACCAAGAAGCAGCGCCAGAAUCGCCUGAAGGCCGAGGCUGCAAAGGCCCUCCGUGAGGAGUCUGAGAAGCAGAGAAAGGUCGACUUGGAGGCCCAGAGACGCCAGGCUCGCAUCGCUGAGGGCCGGCCCGCUCAGGACGGCUCCGUCUCCAUGGCUCAGCAGUCCGUCUGGACCGACAGCGGUGCCAACGGCAGCUCCAGCAGCAAUGCUACCAACGGCGGCCAUCUCCCCGUACAGCCCCUGGACACGUUCGAUACCAGCAGCUACACCGACGUUUCGGCCCCUAAGAGCGAGACCCCCAAGAGCGCGACCCCGGCCAAGAACAACCUGUCCGAUAGCUGGAUCUCCACCAUGCCCUCCGAGGAAGAGCAGAUGGAGAUGCUCCGCGACGAAGAGGCCUGGAACACGGUGUCGACCAAGAAGACCAACAAGAAGAAGAAGGAGGCCGCGGCCGCCGAGAGCCCGAUCGACUCGGAGCCCACCGUCGUUCAGCCGCCCCAGCCCGUCGCCAAGGCCGCGACUGCGAGCAACGGCACCAGCGCUGCUCCCAAGCAGCCCACCAAGGUGUACUCGCAGCAGUCGGCCUUUGCUGCUCUGAGCACGGCAGAGCCCGAAGGCGAGGAGGAGAACGAGUGGGACGUCUAACCGCUCGACUCAGCACAAGCUGCAGCUGCAGGAUCCACUGCCGCUUGUACCC